GCCAACGAGUAAAGGAGAGAGCAAAGGAUUUCUCCAACACAUUUCGCAAAAGGUGCUCAACUAAAAUGAAGGUUCUCAUCUGCUUGUACUUUCUAUACUUGGUUUGUUUUCACAGUGUUAUCAGCCUUAAAUUGGAGAACAGCAAUAAUGAAGGCUUUGGUCUGACAACUGUGGAUUAUGAACUGAGUGGUACUGAUGCAUAUACUGCUUCAUCGGGAGACGGUAAUGUUGGUGAUGAAGAGGAAGGUUCAGGAGAUGAAGGAGAUGACACAAUACUGGAUUCAGAUAAAACUGUAAAAGUUCAACCUGUUGUUAAACCCAAAAAUACAAACGUAGAGGGACGAAAAAAGAAUAAAGACAAAAGGAAAAAUAAACCCCCACGAAAGCCAAAAACACCCAAAAUACCCAGGACAAAAAAGCCUUCAAAAAUGAAAAUGGAUCCAUGCAGUACAACUCAUGUGGAUUACUGUAUUUAUGGACAAUGCACACAUAUCGAAGACAUUAAUGAAACAACCUGCAUAUGCAACAUGGGAUAUCAUGGUGAGCGUUGUGCUUGGCAACUCCUGAAGACUGGAAGCAAUGACAGUAUUUCUGACAUUCACCAGAUAGUAUUAGUGGCAAUAGCUGUGGUGCUCUCAGCAGUCAGCUUCUCUGCUGUCCUGGUUAUAUUUAUUAUCCAUUGCAGAUCACAGAAAAAAUUUAAAGAAACAUUUCAGGGAGCAGCUGAAGAGAAAGUGAAACUGCAACAAGAAAAUCCAGCAAGUCACAUAGUUGUGUGGAAAUUUCAAGAAACAAGACAAGACUGGAUUAAAUAGCUGACUUCAAAGAUUCCUAAUAUAAAUUAACUGUAAAUAUUUUUGUAUUGAUAUAUUUAUUUUUUA